AUGGCCGAUGCGGAAUCGAUUGAAAGCCUUCUCAAAGUAUGGCUGAAACAACCUUACCUCGAGUUUACGACAGAAGACGGCCAACAAUACGAAAUUACCACUCAAGAUCUUCUGAAAAUUUCUUCCUUGAAGUUCCCAGACUGUUGGCUGCAGCAAGACACCGUGUUCGCCGCAAUUGCUGCACUAUCGAAAGAAAAGAGACCUUCUGACGUACUUGUCCUAGGAGACAUUUCUGUGCAAAAACUCUAUUCUCUUGGGAAGAAGAUGGUCACGCUGGACAGUCUGGAAAGUGCCUUGGCUGACCUAGUCAAAAAUAAUCAUAAACGUUGGAUUGUGGCUCCUUGUUCAGACGGAAUCGCCAAGGGCAUUGCGCAUAUGAAUGAGCUAAGCGAGAGGAACAACAGAAGCAAAACGCUACCGGGUUCAAAGGUCGCCAGCUGGAAAGUGGAGAAUGUCAUCCAUGGGAGAAGCUGGAAUUGUAGCUGGCAAAGUACUUCGAGGUAUCGAAGAUAUCCUUUCGGAAGGUGA